AUGGUCUCCAACGCUACUUUUGUUUCUGCUUUACUGGCGCUGGGCGUUACUCAAGCAAACUACAAACCAUACCCCAGCGUUUCGAACACCUCGACAUCAACAACAAGAACAAUAUCCACUGUCGACGACACCGACGUACAACCAGAUGGCCUCGUUUUGCCUCAGAAUGUCCGCAUUACAGCCGUCAUGGAUGCGUCGGAUCCCCAGUGUCAGGUCGAACCCUAUGAUGCACCCUCAGUGGACCAUCAAGAAUACCCCUCAUAUGACGAGAAACUCGCUACAGUGUUUCGAUAUCGGAAACAACAGUCUGUGAAUCUAGGGUCUUGGUUUGUUCACGAGAAUUGGAUGACCCCAUCGCUCUUCCGCUGUGCGGCAGGCAAUGCUGGCUCAGAAAUCGACAUCGCCUAUGGGUGGGGAAACACAACUGGCGCUCGUACUGUUUUGGAACGACAUUGGGAUACCUUCAUCAACGCUUCGGACUUCAAAUGGUUGGCAGAUGUGGGUAUCAAUACCGUUCGCCUGCCCAUCGGAUAUUGGAAUCUAGGGUCAGAUUUCGUCAAAGGGACGGAUUACGAGAGUGCAGCCGAAGUGUAUCAGAACUCUUGGGCAAGGGUGAAGAGGGCGGUGAACCUGGCUGGAGAACAUGGGCUUGGUGUCUUGGUCGACCUGCAUGGCGUUCCCGGAAGCCAGAACGGAAAGGACCACUCGGGGGUCUCGAAUGGUGCUUCCAACCUCUUCGGCGACUCCGCGAACAUGGACAAGACCAUCGAUAUCCUUACGUUCCUAACGAAGGAGUUUGUUCAUGUGAACAAUGUUGUCGGCAUUCAAGUCCUUAACGAACCAAUAUUCGAUGACCGUUUGACUGAUUUCUAUGGCAGAGCCAUGGACGCUAUGCGGGCGGCUGAUCCUGACGCCUCUCGCCUUCCGUUAUAUGCCCAUAAUGGGUUCGACUUGAAACGUUUUGGCCCAUUUGUUACUGGACGGAAGGAUUUUGUCGUGCAGGAUCAUCAUUCGUACUUUGUCUUCAGCCCAGAGGACAGGGACCAAACCGCGACAGACCAUGCGAACAGUAUCUCCAAUGAUGUCGCGUCGACGUUGGGUAACGCUUCGCAAGAAACCAGGGGGGAGCUCAUUGUCGGCGAAUGGUCCUGCGCCCUUCCACCAGAAAGCCUUGCAUCCGAUUCGAAUCAAAAUCAAGCGCAUAAAGAUUUCUGCGGCGGGCAGGUUGAUACCUAUGGAAACAACACUGCUGGUUGGAGCUUCUGGUCUUACACGAAAGAAGAAUGCGAUAACGAUCCCGGGUGGUGCUUCAAGUCAGCGGUCGGCACUGUUUUACCCACGAAGUUCUUCUCGUACCAUCAUCAACAACCAGAGUCCAUCCAAAACAGCGUUGCUGGAUCCAAUCAUUCCUUCCUGCUUCAUGACGCGGAGCUGCCGUUAACCAGGCGUGACGAGUUUACGAGGCUCUCUAUUCCCGAGCGCUUCAAAACCAUCGCUAGAAGACGCAGGCGAGAUGGAAACACAGAUGCAGAUGGUAAAGGGUAUGACGACGGCAGGGCGACGGCUGGCAUAUUUGCUGCGCAUAACAUGUCAAGGCUGGGAUUCGUCAACCAAUACAUCUCGGAUACCAUCGCCAACCUUGGAUCCAAUGUUAUACCCCAGGAAUCUGAAGCACCAUUUAUUUUACUCUGGGAGUACUUUGCUCGCCCGACCAAGAUGAGGUUUGGCGGAGUUCUGUAA